AAACAAACAAUGAUAUCACUUUUUCGGUGAUAAAUAGAUAUAUUAUCACUAUCUAUAUACGGUCAUCAUUCAAUAAUUCAAAACUAGCUGUGUACAUAUCUCGUCUUAGGUUUAAAGAUUUUUUAUAUAGUUCAGAUAAAAUAUUUUUUGCUAAAAGGAUGCUUGUCCGAGUAUCACUUCGCUGCUUGAAGCUAGCAGAUACACUUACUUUUGGCAAAGCAGGUCGAUUCAGCACAAUGGCUUCGAUGGAACGGAACCACAAUUUCUUCUUUCGACAGCUCUUCGACCUUGAAAGCAGUACCUACACAUACCUUCUAGGUGACACCACCAAUAAAGAGGCAGUGCUUAUUGAUCCUGUAUAUGAACAUGCUGAGAGAGACGCCAAUCUUAUCAAGGAAUUGGGAUUCAAACUUGUCUAUGCCAUGAACACACACAUGCACGCUGAUCACAUAACUGGUACCGGCAAGCUCAAAUCUCUCCUCCCCGGGACUAAAAGUGUGAUUGGCAAGGGAUCUGGUGCCCUAGCAGAUAUCUAUUUGAAGGAUGGUGAUGUAGUUCGCUUCGGUAGUCAUCAGCUGUGGGCCGCAGCCACACCUGGACACACAAAUGGCUGUUUCACAUACAUUAGCCAUGAACAGUGUAUGGCCUUCACCGGUGACGCACUCCUGAUCCGCGGUUGCGGCCGAACGGAUUUCCAAGAAGGCAGUUCAGAAACCCUCUAUAAGUCGGUGCAUGACAGAAUAUUCACAUUGCCCGAUCAUUUCACAUUAUACCCGGCGCACGAUUACAAAGGACUCACGUCAACAACUGUUGGUGAGGAGAAGAAAUACAACCCACGGCUGACGAAGCCGAUAGAAGAGUUUGUUAAAAUCAUGGAUAGCCUUAAUUUGCCGUACCCAAAGAAAAUUGAUGAAUCAAUACCUGCAAACAAAGUCUGUGGUGUUUUCUAAAGAGAUAAUAUAUACAAUAUAAAGAUUAACUUAUACGAAUCCUAAAAACUAUUCGGAUAUUUAUCUUGUAAAGUAGAAAUCGUGAUCAAUGCUGUGAAAAUGUAGUUUAACUACUUUAAAAUGUUUAAUAGUUUACUAGAUUUUUACGUUUAUUUUAUAUUGUUCAUUGCAUAGAAGCUCAAAUUAGCCAUAAGUGUAAUAACAAAACAAUAUU